CCCCGGGGCGCGGGCUCUCCGCGGUGCUGCGCCCGCCGGCCCCGAACGCGGAUUCUAAGGGCGGCGGCCGCCCCCCGGCCCCACCCGGCGCAGUCGGGGGUGCCAGGAGGGGACGGAGCGCCCCCUCCCACCGGAGUGCGGGGGCCGCCCCCGUCCGGAGGUCGGCCCCGGAGCGUGGGGUAUGCGCAGCUAAAGGUCCCGUCGGGCGGGCUUUCCUCUGGCGGAGCGCGCAGGCGGUGCGCCCCACCUAUGGAGUGUCCAGGGAGACGGCGGGCAUGACGGCGGCAGGAUGGGCGCGAACAAUGGCAAACAGUACGGCAGUGAGGGCAAAGGCAGCUCAAGCAUCUCAUCCGACGUGAGUUCAAGUACAGAUCACACGCCGACCCAAGCCCAGAAGAAUGUGGCUACCAGUGAAGACUCCGACCUGAGCAUGCGCACACUGAGCACGCCCAGCCCAGCCCUGAUAUGUCCACCCAACCUGCCGGGAUUUCAGAAUGGAAGGGGCUCGUCCACCUCCUCGUCCUCCAUCACCGGGGAGACGGUGGCCAUGGUCCACUCCCCGCCCCCGACCCGCCUCACCCACCCGCUCAUCCGGCUCGCCUCCCGGCCCCAGAAGGAGCAGGCCAGCAUCGAACGGCUCCCGGACCACGCCAUGGUGCAGAUCUUCUCCUUCCUGCCCACCAACCAGCUGUGCCGCUGCGCCCGCGUGUGCCGCCGCUGGUACAACCUGGCCUGGGACCCGCGCCUCUGGAGGACUAUCCGCCUGACGGGCGAGACCAUCAACGUGGACCGCGCCCUCAAGGUGCUGACCCGCAGGCUCUGUCAGGACACACCCAACGUCUGUCUCAUGCUGGAAACCGUAAGUGUCAGUGGCUGCAGGCGGCUCACGGACCGAGGUCUUUACACCAUUGCCCAGUGCUGCCCGGAGCUCCGGCGGCUGGAAGUCUCGGGCUGCUACAAUAUCUCCAACGAGGCAGUCUUCGAUGUGGUGUCCCUCUGUCCCAAUCUGGAGCACCUGGAUGUGUCAGGCUGCUCCAAAGUGACCUGCAUCAGCUUGACCCGGGAGGCCUCCAUUAAACUGUCCCCCUUGCAUGGCAAACAGAUCUCCAUCCGCUACCUGGACAUGACGGACUGCUUCGUGCUGGAGGACGAAGGCCUGCACACCAUCGCGGCGCACUGCACGCAGCUGACCCACCUGUACCUGCGCCGCUGCGUCCGUCUCACGGACGAGGGCCUCCGCUACCUGAUGAUCUACUGCGCCUCCAUCAAGGAGCUGAGCGUCAGCGACUGCCGCUUCGUCAGCGACUUCGGCCUGCGAGAGAUCGCCAAGCUGGAGUCCCGCCUGCGGUACCUCAGCAUCGCCCACUGCGGCCGCGUGACCGACGUGGGCAUCCGCUACGUGGCCAAGUACUGCGGCAAGCUGCGCUACCUCAACGCGAGGGGCUGCGAGGGCAUCACGGACCACGGCGUGGAGUACCUCGCCAAGAACUGCGCGAAACUCAAGUCUCUGGACAUCGGCAAAUGCCCUCUGGUCUCCGACACGGGCCUGGAGUGCCUGGCCCUGAACUGCUUCAAUCUCAAGCGGCUCAGCCUCAAGUCCUGCGAGAGCAUCACGGGCCAGGGCUUGCAGAUCGUGGCGGCCAACUGCUUCGACCUGCAGCUGCUGAACGUGCAGGACUGCGAGGUGUCCGUGGAGGCCCUGCGCUUCGUGAAACGCCACUGCAAGCGCUGCGUCAUCGAGCACACCAACCCUGCCUUCUUCUGAAGGGACAGCUUCCAGCCGUCGCUGUUCUCAUACAGACAUGAACAAAACAAAAUGUUUUUUCAAAGCAGCAUAUGUAAGCGCCGACACCCACCCGUAACAGCUCUUUCUUCCAGGAAGGUUCUUAGGAAUCUGGCUUUUCUUUUUCCUAAUUUCUCAUGGGCAACAGAGGUCCAGGAAAGGAGGCUGGC